UCACAGUUGUAAGAAAUUUCGCGCGUGAGCCGGUCGUAAAGUGCACCUAAAUAAGAAAUAAUUGUUAACAUUAAAUAAAAUUAUAUUCAUGUGUAGUGUGAGUCAAGUUUUUAAUUUUGAAUUAAAUUAAAAUAUAUAAAGUGGUGGGUCAACUUGAAAGACUUCAUGUGCCUUUUAUGAAAUGGGUUUGUUUACGCUUUAUAGUUGACUGAUGGUAGUUAAUUGUAGUUUUAGUUAGUGUAUGUAGUAGAAAAUUUUUAGUUCGUUGCCAAAACAUUAGCACUGAUGGAGGGAAUUCUCAAAUCCAAACUGUCGCUGUUGCUAGUGGCAGCCUGCUGGGCAGCGGCGGCGGGGCAGCCCAUCGAGUGCGACGGCUACCAGUACAACUGCACGGACGGCUACUACUGCGACCGUGUCGUGUUCAAGUGUCGCAAGUGCAUCAACUGCGCGGAGUUCAACCGGAGGCCGUCGCUAGACCCCAACAAAAAAUGCAUCACCUCCGUCGUUGAUUGCGGAGUUUGCUUUGAAGGGCUGACGGAAGACGUGCAGGGGUUGCAGUGCGUGUCGGCGCCCGUGUCGCCCGCGUACGUGUGGGUGGCCAUCGCGCUGGGCGGCGUGCUGCUGUUCGUGGCCGCCGUCGCCAUCGUGGUCUACGUGCUGCGUAACACGGACACCUUCCGCGUCUUCGCCUCUACCACGUCGCUGCAGCCGAGCUGCGUGAGCGGGCCGCCCGCGUCCGCGCCCGAGCCGCCGCCGCCCUACAACACGCUCUACACGCCCGUGCGCCCCGAGUCGCCCCCCGCCCCGCACCCGCCGCAUCUCACUGACGAAGACGCGUCGCGCCCGUUCAUAAAGCCGCCACCGCCGCCGACGCCGGCGCGCGAGUCGGCCGGCAACCAGGAGGCCAACUUCUACAACAACCCCAGCUACGUGCGCGGCCCGCACCUUCCCUCCAACCAUCAGACGGCGGAGCGCGAGCCCGAGCCGGAUUACCUGCACGACGAGACCACCGCCGAGAGCCCGUGGCGGCCCGGCGACGUCGCCAACAACAACACACACGGCGACAAUUCAGAGUCCGGCAGCAGCAGCGGGUCGUCGACGAGCGCAGGCGCGGGCGCAGCGCCGCUGUCGGCGCAGCUGGCGGCCGCGCGCGGCGCCACGCUGGUGCGCCCGCCCUGCCAGGACGCCACCCCCAGCAAGGUGCCACGCCUGCGACAGGACACGAACAACAAUAGGAACAACCGCGACCGCGACGGCGAGGAGACGCUGCCGCGCUCGGGCGCGGGCGGCGGCGCCACCUUCAACAUCCUCGUCAACGUGCAGCAACUCAACGACGUCAAGCUCUGAGCGCGCACGACCACCCCGGCCCUGGGGGCAACCGCGAAAACUGCAAAUUGCGGGGAUCUUUCUAUUUUACUCUCAUUAAGACGUAAUUAGAGUGACAGAGAAAAAUGCCCGCAAUUGACGAACUUCGAUUUUCGCGGUUAGAGCCCUGGUGCUACUCGUACGCUACAACGAUCCGCGCUUGCUCAAUACCGGUUUGCUCAAGCUGAGAUUUACGAAGCAUUUAACCGCUCAACGAGAUUACCUAGUUAUAUGUGUCCACACGCGCAAUGGCGUCGGUAUUUUUUACCUCAGUUAUGUUUGAGAAAUAACUAUAAGAUCCUGAAGCUGUGCGCUGUGUAGUUGAAUGCGAUAUUUUAAUACCAAAACUUGGAUCAUUUUACUAUUAGGCAAAAAGUAUCGGUAGGAUACGUUGUUUACUGAACGGUAUGCGAUACUAGUAGGUAAAUAGGCGAUCCAAAUACAUUUAUUAUAGAAUAUAGAUUAUACCACAAGUAAACCACGUGUGUAUCUGAUCUGUGUGUUUGUUCCUAGUGAUAAUGUUUACCUAGUUUUAAGAUAAGUCGUAAACACAACUCAAGCACAUUUAAUUUGUUUUAGUUGUGUAUUUGAUCUCGAUGCCAAGGUUAUUUAACUAAUAAAAGAGUAAAAAAAAGUCACAGCUUUGGCCAUAUUUUAGAUUAAUUAUAGCAUAAUGAUAUGAUAUAAUAUACUUAUUUUAUUACAAUAUAGAAA